CUCUCGCUCCGGCUGGAAGUUCCACUGCUCUCUGUGGCUUUCUAAACUCUGCUGGGCAUCGUUGCGCGUCAAAACAUUGCGUCUCUGCAGGACUUGCCAGGGCCAGAGAAGAGAGGAAAUUUGCCUGGGAAGGAAUGCGAAAGCGGUUUUAGGAUUGGCACUGCCACGAGGAAAAACGAGGACGUGCCACAUUUUCUAGGCUACGUGGAGGAUACCCGUAUUUUCUUCCUUUCAAAGGUGUUCACCUCCCGACCCACCGCCCACCACGGCCCUCACCUGUGUGUUGCGGUGCUUCCCCUGUGAGCCGACCUGGGCUGGCAGUCCCUUCUUGCACCGCCCGCCAACCCCGCCCAUGGUCAGGAUGACGCGCUCCAAGACCUUCCAGGCGUACCUGCCGAGCUGCCACCGGACCUACAGCUGCAUCCACUGCCGAGCUCACCUAGCCAACCACGACGAGCUCAUUUCAAAGUCGUUCCAGGGCAGCCAGGGCAGAGCAUACCUGUUCAACUCAGUGGUGAAUGUUGGGUGUGGCCCUGCAGAGGAGAGAGUUCUGCUCACGGGCCUGCACGCUGUAGCAGAUAUCUACUGUGAGAACUGCAAGACCACCCUUGGCUGGAAAUACGAACAUGCUUUUGAGAGCAGUCAGAAGUAUAAAGAGGGCAAAUUCAUCAUCGAGCUGGCCCACAUGAUCAAGGACAACGGCUGGGACUGAGGGGCGAGCAGCCGGGUGACAACCGCAGCGGAGGAGGAGGAGGGGAGGGACUGGGUAGAGGGUGGGAGCGGGGUCGUGUGUGGUGGGUGAGUGUGUGACUUUGGUUUGGCUGAUUUACCAUUAACCUUUGUAACUUACUACCCAUCCCUCCCUAUCACACCUCUCGAUGUACACACACAAAAACACACGCGUCAAAGUCCCAGACAUCCCAGUUUGACAGAGAGACGGACUAGGCAGGCUUGUACGCAGCUAGCAGGACUAGGUGACUGGCCAGCAACAGUAUACGAGGCAAGAUGUCUAAUUUCUUUUUCUGAGCCUUUAAAAAGACAGCCGCACUCCCUCUAUACCUGCUAGGAGACGUCUCCACUGUGUGAAGUAUUGUACCUUGUCUAAUAAUAACUUUAAAACCAUUUGUUAACGGGAAAUUUAGCCAGAACGAGACCGGUUGGCCCAGCCUGCAGGGGUUCGACGGCCUUGAAUGAGGAGCUGACAAACGUCCACUCCGUCCCCGACGUAAAAGAGAUGACCUAAUAUGAUUAUAGCAAAUCCAGCUGAUCGGGGCCAUGCCAGCUGGGCCAUUGAUGAGGCCUGGCGCUGAGGCUUGGCACGGAGGCCCGAGCACAUGGGGCGCUGAGUUGGGGAUGGGGGGGUAGAGAUUGCCACUCACUGGGCCUCUCACUCUAAAUGGUGGGAGAGGGAAGGGUCCUGAUCCAUUUUUGUUGAGGCUCUGAUGGUUUCUGGCUGGGAUCCACUCCAUGUCAUGCCAGUGAUGCGGCUCAGGACGAUCAGGGUGAGCCGAAUGUGGAAGAGAGAUAGAGAUGGACAGCCACCAGCUUGUUCCAAAACCCUCACAGGAAUUUGCCCUCGCAGCAGCAAAGCAGCUCUCCCGGGUUUUAUUCAUCCUUCAAUACACCAAAGUCGUGUAAAGCGAUCUGCUGAUCGUUCCCCCGAGCCCGUCUGGUGUCGGCGGACCCAUCGCUGAGCCCACCUUUGUUACAUGACCAGACUGAAUUACAAAACGUAGGCACGUCUCAGGUCAGCAACUUUGGCCA